AUGGCUAGUGAGAAUCCGCAUACACAUAUAUCUAGAUUUCUUGAUAUGUGUCAACACUUUAGAUACCAAGGUAUCUCCGAUGAUGCUAUAAGACUGCGCUUGUUCCCGCACACCUUGAGGGAUAAAGCACUUGAAUGGCUGGAUUCACUCCCUGUCGGAAGCAUCACUACUUGGAACGAGGAGCUAUUUGAGAGGAUGGCUACAACUUCAGCUAUGUGGUCUACAGAUCAAGUAGUUCAGAAGAGAGUACCUGGGGUGUAUGAAGUAGAUACUUACUCAGCACUGUCGACGAAAAUAGAUUCCUUAUUCUAUAAGGUUGAAAGCAUUUCACAAACCGCCACUACUAAGCAAGUUAUGAAGCAGAGUUGUGAAAAAUGUGGAGCAGAUCACAGUACUGCUACUUGCCCAAUUCUAGCACAAGGAGUAGAACAUGCAGAAUUCGCACAAUGGGGUCAACGCCAGCAGAAUAACCCACAUUCAGAAACCUUCAAUCCAGGCUGGAGAAAACAACCAAAUUUCUCGUGGGCUAAUCAGAAUUAA